AUGGCUCCUAAAAGACCGUUGGGCUUUGGAAAGGGCUCCAAGGCGAAGAAAAGCAAGACAGAGCCAGCGCCCGAGGAGGCUCCAGUGACAAACGAGCUGACUGUAGAGCUUCCACAGGAGGUGGAUGCCAAUGAUCCUCUGAACCAGCUCGAAGGAUUAUGGCUCACGUGGUUAAAGUCGGAUAGAGACAACGAGCUGAUCCUGAAUGGUAUAGUCCACGAGUGUGACCGUCUGUUAAGAAACUGUAAGCAGAACGGCGGUGACGAAGACAUUGAACUCACUCCGUCGUUCUACGCUAUUUACGGAAGGUCUCUAGCUGCUCUGGCCCAGUUCAACACAGAAGACAGCGAUACGAGCGUUGCCGAGUACUUUGAGAAUGCCCUUGAGCGGAUCGAGAACGGUAUGGACAAGUUUUCCGGCGAGGAGGUGCUUUUGUUUGCCAAAGCGCAGAUUAUUAUGGAUAGAAUACCUUUGGAGUAUAUAUCGCGGAUGGACUUGGAAUCGUCCAAGAAGCAGUUCCCAGAUAUAGUCGAGUUGCUGGACGAGGCCACGAGACUGAUUGAGUUGGGAACGAAGACGGCCGAGUCGAAAGAAAAUCACGCCAUUUUCAAUGGUAGCACGGUGCUGGAUAUACUGGACUCGCUUGACGACUUGCUGGAUAUUGUGGAUAAUUUUGGCCGCAGCUACGACGAAGGUCUGGACAGCGAUGCGGAGGAUUCCGACGAGGAGGAUAUUAUGCCGGAGACAGAGUUAUCCUCGACGCAUCCGUUGUACGAAAUCAGAAACACGGACAAAUACAACGUUUUCUGGCGAGAGGCCAUGCAGAAAAGCCUGAGUCUACUGGACAAGAACGAGAAGCCAGACGCGGCAAUCAGACGCAAUCUCGUGAAAAAGCUGGGACAAUCGUACUUAAUGGAGGCCGAGGAGCCGAUCUCCAUAUUUACGACGCUGGAAUACGACUCCGACGCCGAGGAGCAGGAAAUCGACGGAGUUUCUGCAGCCGCCGCCAAGCAGGCAGCCCAGAAGCUGGUCGGCACGGCUAUAGAGUAUCUUGAAGGGGCCUGGGACGAGGAGGACCCGCAGACGUGGGUGGAUCUUGCCGAGGCAGAGAUCUCGAUGGGCAAUCUCUUUGACGUUGGCGGAAGCGAGCAGGAGGAGUGGUACGCGCGUGCGGAAAACAAGCUUGUGCGGGCUAACAAUGCCACGCACGGGAAGUACGAGGAGGUGCUGGAGAACCUGAGAGGUAAAUAG